AUGCGGAGCAGCAGCUCGGAACUGCUCCUAGACCAACAAGAGGAGUUGAGGAAAAGGAAAAUCAAGGAGCUAGCAGCCGCGAAAAAAGCAAAAGCGGCAGCAGGUCGAUCAUGUCGCGAGCAAGCCCUAUUCUACUCAACGAGCCUUUUGGCCGUAAUAGCGAUGUCAGCCGGGUCGUCGUUGUUAUUUUUGGUACCUUUAUACGUCGACCCGGCCAUUUCCACGCUGGCCUCGAACUUCGUCACCGAACCCGUCACGUGCAUCACGACACGCAGGGAAGAACUGGCCGGCCUUGCCAACUGCUCCUGGAGCUCUUGCAGAGAAGGGUGCACCAGCGACGCCUACCACUGCACGCACAUUUACGUCAGCUAUAACGACAGCAAGGUGGAGCCUUACAAUACAACGGAGGAUGCAGUUUUGCUGGUAAACAUAAAGGGUUGCGGUUAUCCGCCUAAUGUUUUGUGUUCAAAUUUCACCGAUAAGUAUGGUCACGAGGGUACCGAGUUCCCUUGCUAUCACUCUCGUGAGAAUCGCACGGUGGUGUUGACGCACUACGAACGGGACGAGCAAGUCGGGAUAAUUAUUCAUUAUUUCGCUGUACCUUUUGUGAUCACGCUGGCAACGUCGGUGGCGCUUUGCGUGAUGCACUGCGACUGCAGGUGUCACCCGACGCAUCAAAGGAAAUCCAGAAGGCAUAGGAUCCAAGACCUUAGCGACGGCUCGAUUAGUAUCGGCGUGGAUUUGAGGCACAAUUCGAGUUAUCAUUCCGAUUUAGUGGCUAUAAGACCAGAUAUGUAG